GUUCAUCAUGAAGUUGACAUGUCACGUCAAAACAUUGUUUCGCCAUGAGACGCAGGAACCCAUUUCGCUACCGACAUGAUAAGAUCACCAACAUCACUCUUCACAUACCCAUUCAUCUGGUAAACUGAGUGCUAAUGAACAUAUAAACCGUUCUGCUUCCUUCAUUGUUUCAUAACUUUCGUCCUGUUCAGUAAGUCAAUAAAUCAACUGCACAGCGAUGUUUUUUUCACGCUUUUUGGCUGGUGCUAUUCUGACUUCAUCGGUAAUAUCCGCUCAGAAUGUCUCCUACUGUACGGGUGAUGUAUGCUUUGCCGUCAAUAUACCAGCCUCGACUGCUUCGAAUGGCUCAGGAGACAUAUAUAUACAGAUGAGUGGACCAGAUACAAUGUCUUGGAUAGGUAUUGGACAAGGAUCCGCUAUGAGAGGUGCCAAUAUUUUUGUAAUGUACGCCGAUUCGACUGGGAACAAUGUCACACUCAGUCCUAGGCUUGGUGUUGGGAAUGUAGAGCCAAAUUCCGACACUUCUGCUCAAGUCACUUUACUGGAUGGUUCUGGUAUAAUAAAUGGCCAAAUGAUAGCCAAAUUUCGAUGUUCAAAUUGUGAUAGCUGGAGCGGCGGAUCUAUGAGCUUCACUGAUUCUUCCUCGGCAUGGAUUUGGGCCCAUAAGACCGGCGCUGCAUUAUCGUCCAUCAGUGUUGAUGCAGAUAUCGAUUUUCAUGACGCAAAUGGAGUAGCCACUUUGAAUUUACAGACAGCCAUCGGCGGAGAAAGCACAAACCCAUUCUUGACUGUUGGAUUUGUUCCCACGCCCAGCCAAACAUCCUCUGGCGCUAGUGGUGCUGCGACUGGGUCAUCCAAAAUAUCGAGAGUGACCAUCGCGCAUGGCGUUUUGGCUUCCCUUGCCUACGUUAUUCUCUUCCCUUCAGGUGCAAUCGCAAUUAGGAUUUUUAGUUUCCGCAAUUUAUUAUGGCUCCAUGCCGGUUGGAUGAUUGGCUCUUAUAUAAUUGUACUUGCGUCACUUGGAAUGGGGGUAUGGAUAGCAUACAUGUGUGAUGUCCUCGAUAGCACCCACUCAAUUAUCGGCCUUGUUGUGGCCGGAUGCUUACUUCUUCAGCCUAUCACUGGAUUCCUACACCACAUGUUGUAUAAGCGUCGUGGUGGUCCCAAUGUUGCAACUUACCCCCAUGUUUGGUGGGGUCGCGUAGUUAUUACUCUUGGGAUCAUCAACGGUGGCUUGGGUCUGAGGUUAGCUGACAAUAGUAAGAAGGGUGAGAUCGCAUACGGCCUGAUCGCGGGUUUUAUAUGGGUUUUGUGGGUAGCAGUCAUACUUUUUGCAACUGUGAAAAUCGGAGGACGACGGGGCAGUGGUAUGGAUGGAUCUGGAGCCUCGGUAAUCAGGGAGAAGUCAAGUACGGAAGGAUCCUACUUCCACAACAACUCCUCGCCUCCUCAAUCUAUGCAAGGAGCACAUGAUCCUGCUAGAUUACCUACAUCUCAUCGUAUUUAGACCUCAUGGCGUUUUUCAAUACGUCAAGCUGUGUUGG